GUGCUUUCGGACAAGGAACAAAUUUUGGCGCCAUGUCCGCCUUGUCUGUGAUCGAACGAAGAAUGGGAAGGUGGGAUAAGAUUGCGUCUUUAUUACCCAAAACAAUCGAAACUCUUCCACGGAUUGAUCACGUUAACAUGCUCUUGAAAGACUGUGCUAAAUCAAGUUAUCUGAGGACUGGCGAAUCGAUUCACGCUCAUCUUAUCGUUAGGAACCAAUCGUCUCGAGCUGAGGACAUUUAUCAGAUCAAUUCCCUGAUCAAUUUCUAUGUAAAGUGCGGGAAAACCGUUCGUGCACGCAAGCUGUUCGAUGCAAUGCCUGACAGAGAUGUGGUUUCUUGGUCUGCGUUGAUGAAAGGUUAUCAAGAUUCUGGGUUUGAUUUGGAAGUUUUGAAACUGUUCAAAAGUAUGGUUUUUUCUGGUGAGACGGAGCCCAAUGAGUACGUAGCCACUACAGUUUUCAAGUCUUGUUCAAGCUCUGGGAGAAUCGAAGAAGGUAAGCAGUGUCAUGGUUUUUUCCUUAGGUAUGGUUUGAUGUCUCAUGAGUUUGUACGGAACACUCUUGUCUACAUGUAUUCUUCAUGUUCCGGCACAGGAGAAGCUAUCCGGAUUUUGGAUGAUCUUCCGUAUUGUGAUCUUCUUGUUUUGAAUUCGGCUCUUAGUGGGUAUUUAGAGUCUGGUGCUUUAAAAGAAGGGUUUUAUGUGUUGAGACGGAUGAUUAACGAGGAUUUGGUGUGGGACAGCUUCACGUACACGUCUUCUUUAAAGCUUUGCACUAAUCUCAGAGAUUUGGAAUUGGCUCGGCAGAUUCAUAGCCGAAUUGUAAGGCUUUUUUUGGAAAGCAAUGUUGAUGUAAGUGGUGCACUCAUUAACAUGUAUGGAAAAUGUGGUAAAGUAGUAUAUGCUCAGAGAGUUUACGACAAGACACACUCUCAAAACAUUGUCUUGAACACAUCGAUCAUGGAUGCUUACUUCCAGAAUAAGUUUUUUGAAGAGGCUCUGAAUCUGUUUGCAAAGAUGGGAACUAAAAAGAUUCCCCCUAAUGAGUUCACGUUUGCUGUUUUGUUAAACUCGAUCGCAGAGUUAUCCCUUCUAAAACACGGCGAUCUUCUACUUGGGGUUGUUGUGAAAUCUGGUUUUAGGAACCAUGUCAUGGUUGGUAAUGCAUUGGUUAACAUGUACGCCAAAAGUGGCAGCAUUGAGGAUGCGUGGAAAGCAUUCUCAGGCAUGGCUUUUAGGGACAUAGUUACUUGGAACAUAAUGAUAUGUGGAUUCUCACAUCAUGGACUUGGGAAGGAAGCGCUUGAAGCCUUUGACGAAAUGAUGAUUGCAGGAGAGUUCCCAAACCACAUAACUUUUAUCGGCGUUCUACAUGCUUGUAGCCAUAUUGGUUUUGUGGAGCAAGGUCAUUACUUCUUUACCCAUUUAAUGAACCAAUUUGGUGUUCAGCCUGAUCUACGGCAUUAUACAUGCAUUGUUGGACUUUUGAGCAAGGCUGGAUUGUUCGAGGAGGUUGAGAAUUUCAUGAGAACAGCUCCAGUUGAAUGGGAUGUUGUUGCAUGGAGAGCUUUGCUAAAUGCUUGUUAUGUUCGCCGGAAUUACAGUUUAGGAAAACGGGUCGCUGAAUUUGCCAUUGAGAGGCAUCCAAACGAUUCAGGAAUUUACAUAUUGUUAUCCAAUAUUCAUGCCAAGUCAAAGGAGUGGGGAGGCGUGGCAAAAGUGCGUACUUUGAUGAAGGAAAGGCGAGUUAAGAAGGAGCCUGGAGUAAGCUGGAUAGGUAUACGGAAUCAAACCCAUGUGUUUCUUUCAGAGGAUAAUCAACAUCCCGAGAUUAUGCUGAUUUAUGCAAAGGUGAAGGAGGUUUUGUCAAAGAUUAGGACAUUAGGGUAUUCAGCUGAUGUUGCUGGAGUUUUCCAUGACGUAGAUGAAGAACAAAGAGAAAACAGCCUCUCUUACCAUAGCGAGAAGCUAGCUGUGGCAUAUGGUCUGAUGAAAACGCCCGAGAACUCACCAUUGUACGUGACUAAAAACGUGAGGAUAUGUGAUGAUUGUCACGCUGCGAUCAAGCUUAUCUCGAGGCUCUCAAACCGAUUAAUAGUUGUCAGAGAUUCCAAUCGGUUCCAUCAUUUCCAAGAUGGUCACUGUUCUUGUUGUGAUUACUGGUGAAGAUUUAAACCGGAAGUUAGAACCUCGUGGAAAGAUAACUAGUGCUAUUGCCUACUGCCGCCUCAGGCGCUCUGAUUAUCGUAAGUAGUAGAGUUCCUUAGUGUAAAUAGUGUAUUAACAGUUCUUUUUUUUCUUGGAUUUCAGGCUUAGGCCUCUUCAAAAAACACGUUUUGAUAGAUUAUUCAUGUCUGUGACAGUAAUUUAUGAUCUCAUUGGUUUUGUGG